AUAUCUAUUAUAACUUAUAACCAACAUUUUUUUAUAUUAUAAGAUAGUUCACUUCACUUGUUCUCCAGUUACUAGUUUACUAGUUUACUACUAUCUUUAAUCUUAAGUCUUGGCGAUGACCAUUGACUAUGAAAAGUAGUUUUUAUUACUUAAAUACUUAAGUCUAGACUCUGAUAGUUUGUUCUAGAAUACUAUAAGUCGUAACCAUUCAUAUUUAAUAUUUAGUAGAAUUGAUUGCUGGUGUGAAAGUCAAUUGUUACAUCAAUUAUGUCUUCGAUAACAAAUCGUCGGAACAUUUUACAGUUGAUGAGGGAUCGAGAAUUGAACGAUCACAUCCGCACAAAGUAUGCAUUAAAAAGUAAUUUGAAUUACAAAUGUAUUUCAAAACUUGGAUUACUUGCUCAAUUAGAAGGACAUCAAGGAUGUGUUAAUUGCCUACAAUGGAAUGAAAGUGGAAGUACCUUAGCAUCAGCAUCUGACGACUAUCAAGUAAUACUAUGGGAUCCAUUUUUACAAAAAGUUAAAACUACUAUUAAGACUUUACACCGUGGCAACAUAUUUUCUGUUAAGUUUAUACCUAGUUGUAAUGAUGAUAUAGUUGCAACUGGAGCUGGUGAUUGGAGUUCACAUACAUAUAAUGUAACAACAGGUCAACAAUUAAGCAAUUGUAUUUGUUCUCAAGGAAGAAUUAAACGUCUGGCUGUAGCUAAUGAUACACCAAGUGUUUAUUGGAGUGCCUCAGAGGAUGGAUGUAUUAGCCAACAUGAUAUGAGAAUGAAUCAUGAGUGUCCUAAUGAUAAAUCUAAAAUUACUUUGGUAUCGGUGUAUGGUAGUUCGGGAAAAAAAAUUGAAGCUAAAUGUUUAGAUAUAAACCAACUUAAAACUGAGCAGCUUGCAGUUGGUGCUAAUGAUCAAUAUGUAAGAUUAUAUGACCGUAGAAUGAUUCGUUCAUUGUCAUCAUUUACUGUAAAAUAUACAAAUCCAAGUAAUUCUUCAGACUUUAUUUUGGUAUGUACUGAUGGUAAUGCAACUGAAGCAUUAAAUAAACUUCAAUCUACACUUCAAUAUUUUGUACCGGGUCACAUUCACACAUACAACAAUGAAGUGUUGCCCAAAAAACAAAAAAGUUAUGUUAUUACUUAUUUGACUUUUAGUCCUGAUGGACAAGAGCUGUUAGUUAAUUAUGGUGGUGAAUAUGUAUAUCUAUAUAACUUAUUGGAUCAAGCUGAUAAUGCAUUUUUCAAUAUCCCUAAAGUUAUGAAAGCUCCUCGAGAAAACGGAGAAGGUUCUUCUUUAGAUUUAAUAGAUGAACCAGUUCCUGUUCCCCAUUUGACACUACCAGAUAAAGUAGAACAAUUAAAAUUGAAGGCAAAUUAUUUAUUUGAAAAAGAAGAUUACACUGCUGCCAUUAUCCUUUAUAAUGAAGCUAUAGAUAUUCAUAAAUGUAGUGUAUUAUUUUCAAAUAGAGCUGCAGCUUACAUUAAAAGAAAGUGGCAUGGGGACUACUAUGCAGCACUUAAAGAUUGUAUAACUGCAUUAGAACUGGAGCCUAAUCACAUGAAAGCACACUUUCGUUUAGCAGUAUGCCUAUACGAACUGGGCAAGUUAAAAGAUUCUAAAAAAUAUUUAGAUCAGUUUACAGUUAAAUACCCAUCAUAUAAAACUAGUGCCGCCUACAAAUGUCUUCAAAGUGAUUUAUUAAAAGUAGAAACUUCAAAUAAAGAAAGAAUUGCAAAACAAAAAAUGCAUGAUGCAGCAGGUUCUGCGGUAAAUUAUGUUGAAGUUAUACAGGUCGAACAAACCCAAAAGAAGACCUUUGAGAAAUACUUUAGUAGUCGCUCAAAAGAUUAUCAUCGUAGAUAUUAUGGGCAUUGUAAUACAUCUACUGACAUCAAAGAAGCUAAUUUUUUUGGAAAUCAAAAUCAAUUCAUAGUAGCUGGAUCAGAUGAUGGUUUAUUUUUUGUGUGGGAAAAAAAUACAGAGAAUAAUUUACUUAUAUUGAAAGGUGAUAGUUCAAUCGUAAAUUGUGUACAACCGCAUCCUUCAGAGUUUAUGCUGGCAACUAGUGGUAUUGAUAAUGAAGUCAAAUUAUGGAGUCCAUUAUCAGAUGAUGUGGACAACAUGUUUAUAAUAGAAGAUUAUAAUGGAACAGCUACAAUAAACCAAAGACGUAUGAUGGCUGAUCCGUUUGAAGUAAUAUUGCGCAAUAUGAGAAGAACUACAUCUGAUGGACCUGAAACUAUUGACUUGGACGCUAUACGUGAUCAAUUUGGAAUUGAUCCAUUAUCUGAUGAUUUUAAUGAUUGUCGAAUGAGUUGAUAAAAAAUUAUUUAUGUCCAACUUUAAUUCAAUAUCAUUUACUUCUGGCAAACUCAUAUCGCCAAUCUGAAAUAAAAUAUGUAUAAUAAAUUAUAUUUAAGUAUGCAUCAAAUAGUAU